AUGGACGCAUGGAGUGCAAUGGUUAGUUGGAUGGAAGGGAAACGCGACACUACACAAGUCACACAAGAAUCUCAUGGUAGAACAAUUUCAUUGCUGGCAAAGGCUGAUGACAAUUUAUCUGCCUCGCUAAUGAAUGUUACUGAUCUUGAAAAGUCUAUAUCUGCUGCUGGUGAGAAGUUCAUCUUUAUGCAAAAGCUUCGUGACUUUGUUUCUGUUAUAUGUGAAUUUUUGCAGCAUAAAGCUACUUUAAUAGAGGAACUUGAAGAGCGGAUGCAGAAACUUCAUGAAGCUCGCGCAUCAGUUUUUUUAGAAAGAAGAACUGCUGACAAUGAUGAUGAAAUGAUGGAGGUAGAAGCAGCAGUGAAAGCAGCAAUGUCAGUUUUCAGUGCAAGAGGUAGUUCUGCAGCAAUGGUUGAUGCUGCCAAAAGCGCCGCAGCAGCUGCAUUAAUUUGCUUGGAUGAUCAAGCAAAUCUACCAGUGAAGUUAGAUGAAUUUGGCAGAGAUAUCAACUUACAGAAACGGAUGGAUAUGGAGAAGAGGGCUAAGGCUCGCCAACGCAGGAAAGCUCGAUUUGAUGCAAAGAGAUUGUCAUCCAUGGAGAUAGAUAGUUCUGACCAGAAAAUUGAAGGGGAAUCGAGCACAGAUGAGAGUGACAGUGAAAAAAGUGCUGCUUACCAGUCAAACCGUGAUUUGUUGCUCCGGACUGCCGAGGAAAUCUUCAGUGAUGCUUCUGAGGAAUAUUCCCAACUUGCAGCUGUAAAAGAAAGAUUUGAAACAUGGAAGAAAGAAUAUUUUGCAAGCUAUAGAGAUGCUUACAUGUCACUUAGUGCACCUGCUAUUUUUUCUCCUUAUGUGAGACUGGAGCUUCUAAAAUGGGACCCGCUUCAUGAGGAUGCAGAUUUUUUUGAUAUGAAAUGGCACUCUCUACUAUUUAAUUAUGGUCUGUCAGAAGAUGGAAGUGAUCUCAGUCCUGAUGAUGCUGACACUAACCUUGUUCCUGGACUAGUGGAGAAGAUUGCAAUUCCUAUUUUGCAUCAUGAGAUCGCCCACUGUUGGGACAUGCUUAGUACUCAAGAGACGAAAAAUGCCAUUUCUGCCACAAGCUUGGUUAUAAAUUAUGUUCCAGUUUCUAGUGAGGCUCUUUCAGAGCUAUUAGUUGCAAUCCGCACCCGUCUAGCCGACGCUGUUGAUAGUAUAGUGGUCCCAACAUGGAACCCACUUGUGCUGAAGGCCGUGCCAAGUGCUGCACGAGUUGCAGCAUAUCGUUUUGGCAUGUCUGUUCGUUUGAUGAGGAAUAUCUGCUUGUGGAAAGAUAUCCUGGCAUUACCAGUUCUCGAGAAGCUUGUCCUUGAUGAGCUUUUGUGUGGGAAGGUACUGCCUCAUGUUCGAAGCAUUGCAUCAAAUGUUCAUGAUGCUGUCACUAGAACUGAAAGGAUUGUUGCUUCUUUAUCUGGAGUGUGGGCAGGUCCAAGUGCUACCAGUGAUCGCAGCCGUAAGUUGCAACCACUGGUGGAUUUCAUUUUAUCAACAGGAAGGACACUGGAGAAAAGGCAUGUUUCAGGUGUGACCGAGACUGAGACUAGUGGACUUGCUCGUCGAUUGAAGAAGAUGCUGGUGGAACUGAAUGAUUAUGAUAAUGCCCGUGACAUGGCUAGAACCUUCCAUCUGAAGGAGGCAUUGUGA